CUCCUCGGCGCGUGUCGCUCCCCCGUUCUCGCGAGACUUGCGGGCGGACGGGAGCCCGGGCGGCCCGGGCUCGUGCGAAACAUGGCGGCCGUGCGGGGCCCGGAGCGCAGGACCAUAUGAAGGGAGAGGCAGGUUUUCCUGAAGAUGAGGCGAUUGAACCGGAAGAAAACCUUGAAUUUGGUGAAAGAGUUGGACGCCUUCCCAAAGGUUCCCGACAGUUAUGUGGAGACUUCGGCCAGCGGGGGUACAGUUUCUCUAAUAGCUUUUACCACUAUGGCUUUAUUAACCAUAAUGGAAUUUUCAGUAUAUCAAGACACGUGGAUGAAGUAUGAAUACGAAGUAGACAAAGACUUUUCUAGCAAAUUGAGAAUCAAUAUAGACAUCACUGUUGCCAUGAAGUGCCAGUAUAUUGGAGCAGAUGUAUUGGAUUUAGCAGAAACAAUGGUCGCAUCUGCAGAUGGACUAGUUUAUGAACCUGCGAUAUUCGACCUUUCUCCGCAGCAGAAGGAGUGGCAGAGGAUGCUGCAGCUGAUCCAGAGCCGGCUGCAGGAGGAGCACUCCCUGCAGGACGUGAUCUUCAAGAGCGCCUUCCGGAGCGCCGCCACAGCACUUCCGCCGAGGGAGGACGACGCGUCCCAACCCCCGGAUGCCUGCAGAAUCCACGGCCAUCUGUAUGUCAACAAGGUGGCGGGCAACUUCCACAUAACUGUGGGCAAGGCCAUCCCGCACCCCCGGGGCCACGCGCACCUGGCCGCCCUCGUCAACCACGACGCUUACAACUUUUCUCACAGAAUAGAUCAUUUGUCCUUUGGAGAGCUUGUUCCAGGGAUUAUUAACCCGCUAGAUGGGACUGAGAAAAUCGCUGUGGAUCACAACCAGAUGUUCCAGUAUUUUAUCACAGUCGUGCCAACAAAGCUGCAUACGUACAGGAUCUCGGCAGACACGCACCAGUUCUCCGUGACAGAGCGAGAGCGCGUCAUCAACCACGCGGCCGGCAGCCACGGCGUGUCCGGGAUCUUCAUGAAGUACGACUUGAGCUCGCUCAUGGUCACGGUGACGGAGGAGCACAUGCCCUUCUGGCAGUUCUUCGUGCGGCUCUGCGGCAUCGUCGGCGGGAUCUUCUCCACGACAGGUAUGUUACAUGGAAUUGGAAAGUUGAUAGUUGAAUUAAUUUACUGUCGUUUCAGAGCUGGGUCCUACAAAGCCAUGGCACCCGUGCCCUUCGAGGACGGCCACACAGACAACCACUUACCUCGCCUGGAGAACAGCGCCCACUAGCCCUCCCCGCACAGGAGAGACACUUUUUGCCUGAGACAAAACCUUUUUUAAUAAUAAAGUAUUGUGCAAUAUGUUCAGAGGAAAGAAAGUGCAACCGAGGAACAGGAACCAGCUGGGGAGCAAACCCAAACUGAAGUCCGUAGCUGUCGUCCACGCCCGGGGCGAGGCCCGGCUGGCAGCACACCCGGAGGACGGGUCCCUGCAGAGGAGCCGGCCGGCCGGGCCCCAGCACCAGGGCGGGGGUCCGAGGGAAGGCGGGCAGGCGCGGGAGGAGAGAGGCGUCCCCGAGUGCAAACGUUUGAGUCCUUUUGUUGCUAAAAGAUACGGGAUCGGAAUAAAAUAUGUG